GCUUGUUCCUUCGUGCCACUUUCGAGAGUUGAUGAAGGGUGGCCGCAUUGUUUGAAUACGAUAUUUGUAGCAGCGGACCGUCACUGCAUCUUUGUGAACGUCGGGUACCGCUGACUUCCUGAGAUACCACACUAUAUAUUCGGUUCUGAAUGGACCACAAGAAUAGGCGGAUUUCGUUGAAUUAUGCUCCACUCUCCAAUCUAUCCACCACGGAUCUAGGCACAUGUCAGAAGAAGGGAAAAGUUGUUGUUGUACUUGUUGGCCUUCCGGCGCGAGGCAAGUCUUACAUCGCAACGAAAUUGAGCAGGUAUCUAAACUGGGUGGGGAUACACACCAAGGGUGGGUGACUUGCCGAUUGUCGCUUAUUCUGUAUUUUAGUAUUCAACGUUGGAGAAUACCGGAGGCGCCACGCUCCAGCCGGCCAAAGUCAUGAGUAUUUCUCUGCUGCAAACGAGGAGGCUAACCGAAGCAGACGAAAGGUUGCGGAAGAGGCACUGAACGACCUGAUCGCGUGGAUAACCGGAGGCGUUGGUGAAAUAGGGGUGUUCGAUGCCACAAACACUACUCGAGAACGCCGAGAGUGGAUUGUAGAGCAAUGUAGAUCUCAUCAUUUGGAUGUACUCUUUGUGGAACCAAUAUGCGAUGACCCGAAAAUCAUUGAGGAGAACGUUUUGGAAGUCAAAGUGCACAGCCCGGAUUAUGUUGGAAAAGACAAGGAUGAAGCUAUGCGGGAUUUCAUGAAGCGCAUGGAGCACUACGAGGCCCAAUACGUCCCAAUCGAUGACAAUUUGGAUAAACAUUGGUCGUACAUUAAGAUAUUCAACCAGGGCCAACGUUAUCUUGUCAAUCGUAUUGAAGGUACGAGCACAACUGUCUACACAUUUUCUACCCAUUUUAUUUGGAGCACAUUGGAGUUUCUUCAGUGUUAGGUAAUAUAAACAGUCGGAUUGCCUAUUAUUUGAUGAACAUCCGAGUGAGAAAGCGCACAAUCUAUGUGGCACGUCACGGUGAAACGGAAUUCAAUCUUUCCGGACGAAUAGGUGGCGAUUCUUCUCUGUCACCUGCGGGGAAAAAGUUUGCCAUCCAGUUGGGUGCGUUCAUGAAGCAAGAGAACGUACCUGAUCUGAAGGUAUGGACGAGCUAUUUGAAUCGCACUAUUCAGACGGCAGAACACAUACCUGUCACAACAAUAGAGCAUUGGAAAGCUUUGGAUGAACUAGAUGCCGGAGUCUGCGACGGAAUGACAUAUGCGGAAAUUCAAGAAAAAUACCCCUAUGAUUUCGCCAUGCGAGAUGCAGACAAAUACCAUUUUCGAUACCCCAUGGGAGAAUCUUACCACGACUUGGUCGGUCGUCUGGAACCGGUAAUGAUGGAGCUUGAGCGGCAGAGCUCCGUGCUUGUCAUCUGUCAUCAGGCUGUCGCCCGUUGCUUGCUCGCCUACUUCGAGGACCGGCCUCAAGAGGAGUUGCCGUACAUUCGCGUCCCUUUACACACUGUGUUCAAGCUGACUCCGAUCGCAUAUCGGUGUAUUGUGGAACGCAUCCAUCUCCAGGUGCCCGCGGUGGACACUCAUCGUCCAAAACCAGCAAACAUCGAACCAAAUCGUCGGUCUUUCGAAGCCCUUCAAACUGUACCAGCUCAUUAUUGACGAUUAUCUCUUUUACUCCCGAAUUUAAUUUGCUCAUUUAACGACAACGAUCAGGAACUUUUUGUACUUGUAAGUUGUUUGAACCCCCCAGCUACCUUCAUAUCCAUGUUGCACCCACUUACCUGGAUCUCUCCCUCGUAUGUUAGCCUUAAUUUCCUUGCCCUUGAAAACUGGUUUUUGUCUUUGAUUUUUCUUACUUGUUAUCCUUAGUCAUGACCGAAAUUCACGAUACCUGCUCAGAAUUAUUUUUACCAAC